AUGCCUCCGCGCCGCCGCCCCUCCUCCGGCUACCACGGCGUUUGGGCACGGCCGAGCGGCCGGUUCGACGCGGAAAUCCGCUCCGGCGACGAGCGGAUCCGCCUCGGCACAUUCGAUACGGCGCACGAGGCGGCGCAGGCGUACGACACCGUUUCCUGGCGACUCAGCCGCUCCCAGCGGACGAUGAACUUCCACGACGUCUUCACGCGGGAGCAGGCGGAGAUGCUCGCGCCGCCGCUGGUCAUCACGCGCGAGCAGCAGCGCCGACAAUGGGAGUUGGAGCAGCGCCUCCUCAUCGCCGAGCACGACGAGGCGAUGCGCCUCGAGUGGGCGCCGCUGCCCCGAAGACGUCGCCGCCACGGAAGCCUUCUACAAGCAGAAGGAGUAGGAGAAGGCGGCGGUCAAAGCGAAGAAGAAGGCGAGCCGCGAGAAGCGCCGCGCCGAGUCCGCCGCGAGGAAAGCGGCGAGGGCCGAGAAGGCGGCAAGGAAGGAGGAGGAAAAGAAGAACGGCGCAGGGCCGUCCACCAUCGUUAUGUCGUCCUCCUCCUCCUUCGAGUGGAUGACGACGCCGGUGUCGGAGACGACUCCGAGCACCCACUCGUUGGACUUCGACUGGGAGUCGGACGAGUAGCUUUAGUUUAG